CGGAAUCCAUACCGAGUGCUGAAGCUGGAACAUUUCCUCCUGCCUCUUUCACCAUCCAACGCGCAGCAAUGGCCACGAAGACGCUCAAGAUAAUUAGCAGGGAGGAAGUUGCGAAGCACAAUACCCCAGAUGACCUUUGGAUCAUCGUGGAUGCCAAAGUGUACGACGUCUCCCGGUUCAAGGACCUCCACCCCGGUGGCGCAUCCGUGUUCAGGGUCGAGGAAAUAGCUGGCCAGGACGCCACCGAGGCGUUCUACGGUCUCCACCGGCACGAGGUCCUCAAGCGGCCCCAGUACGCGCGUCUGCAGAUAGGCAAGAUCGAGGGCGAGGAGAGCAUCAUCUUCUCCCGCGAAGUCGGCACGAACAGCGAGGUGCCGUAUGGUGAGCCGUCGUGGCUCGGCAAGGGGUUUCACAGCCCGUACUACAAGGAGAGCCACAGGCGGCUGCAGCGAGAACUGCGCAAGUUCGUGGAUGAGGUUAUCAUGCCGGAUGCUUUCGCACGGGAAGGAGAUGGAAAGCGGCCAAGCCAGGACGUCAUCAAGGCUGCCAAUGAUUUUGGUAUCCUUGCUAUGCGUAUGGGCCCAGGAAAGCACUUGAAGGGACUCACUCUUGCAAACGGGGCUGUUACGCCAGAAGAGUUCGACUGUUUCCACGAGUUCAUCGUUCUCCAAGAAAUUGCGCUUCCCGGUCAGCGUGGCUACAGCGACGGGUUUCAAAGCGGAUGCGUUAUUGGCCUCUCGCCCGUCCUUAACUUCGCUUCCCCGACAGUACAGGCGAAAGUUGUGCCCGACGUCCUUCAAAACGGCAAGUUCAUCGCGCUCGCCAUCUCGGAAGCAUUCGCAGGGAGCGACGUCGCCGGCAUCCAGACUACCGCGAAGAAGACGGAGGAUGGCAAGCAUUGGAUCGUCAAUGGCCACAAGAAGUGGAUUACGAAUGGCAUGUGGGCGGAUUACUUCACCGUUGGCUGCAAGACAGAGAAAGGUCACACGGUCAUUCUCGUCGAGCGCCAGGAUGGUGUCGAGACGAAGCCCAUCAAGACGAGCUACUCGCCGACCGCUGGAACUGCAUUGGUCACCUUUGAGGACGUGAAGGUUCCAGUAGAGAACACUAUUGGGAAGGAAGGCGAUGGCAUCUACGUUAUGCUCUCCAACUUCAACCAUGAGCGAUGGAUGAUCACCGUUCUCGCAGCGCGUUGCCAGCGGAUCAUUCUGGAGGAUUGCCUGAAAUGGGUCAACCAGCGCAAGGCCUUCGGCAAGCCUCUGUCAUCGCAAGCGGUCGUUCGUAGCAAGAUUGCGAGGAUGGUCGCGCGAGUGGAGAGUACCCACAACUGGCUAGAAAACAUCACCAUGCAGAUGUGCCACAUGUCGUAUAAGGAACAAGCUGCAAAGCUUGCUGGUCCUAUCGCCCUUGCCAAGAUGUAUGCGACACAGUGCUCGCAAGACAUUGCCGAAGAUGCCGUUCAGGUUUUCGGCGGACGCGGUAUCACGCAAACUGGCAUGGGCCACGCCAUCGAACAUUUCCACCGGACAGUAACCUUUGACACAAUCCUUGGUGGAACUGAGGAUGUUCUCGGUGACCUCGGGGUUCGCCAGGCCAUUAGGCAGAUGCCAAAGAACGCCAGGCUGUGAGGCUAAUAUGUAGCUUCAAAAUACCUAAUUCUCUACGUAUGCAUAUGACACGACUUGUACCGAUCUAACAUAAACCGUUUGUGCAAC